GACUGUGCCAGUGAAGAGACGGUUCGCCUUCAUUGGUCAGUAGGCGCAACCGUUUGCUAUGAAACGCGCUGAAGAUGCUAUGAUCGUAUUGCUGGCAUAUGGAGGUCGUCGCGUCCUUGCCAAAGAUUGAAGAAGGGUCGAAGGUGUUGGAGGAAGAGAUCACAAGCUGGGGAGGAGUACGCUUAUCGAAUGCGAUUGGCGCGUUGUGGGGGAAAGCCGAGGCUCUCGUCUCCAGGUUCACAUGUUGCCGCGAAGCAGCUCUUUGGUCACGCAUCACCGCGUCUUGCAUGAUCCACGAGGUUCACAUGUAAGGCGCAUACGCGAGGUAGCUUCUGCGAAGGCCUCGUUCUCCAGAUUACACCCACGAGCUUCCCAAUAAUCCAGAACACCACUCAGCGGAGCGCGAGCAUUGAGUACAUGGUGACGUUUGACACACCUACGCUACGAAUGCCUCGCCUACGGUAGCCAUGGCCGUCUUGUCGAAACCUUGGGCGAAGCAAGGCCUAUCGGGCGCUUCGAUCAAGUCGCUUGUAAACGAGUUCACCUCCCUCUAUCUUCGAAAUCGCACACGCAUAUCACGCGCCGUAUACCUUACGCUCUUCGUCACCCUCAUUAACCGCGUUCGCAAUGCUAUCGCCGAGCAAAAAGCAGCCUCGAUACGGCGCGAAGCUCAACGCAGAACAGGGUCAGGGCCCAGUGAGGGUGAAGCAACUGGGCGAAAAAAGGUGGAAUUGAACCGCGAGUUCUUUAAGAACUUGUUGCGGCUGCUGAAGAUCUGUAUACCCGGAUGGAGGAGUAAGGAGUUCAGACUCAUCAUCAGUCAUAGUGUCUUCUUGGUGCUGAGGACAAUGAUCAGUUUGUAUGUCGCCGAGCUUGAUGGAAGGCUCGUCAGUAGUCUGGUGCGGGGGAAAGGGAGCGAGUUCCUGAAAGGGCUUGUGUGGUGGAUGACAGUCGCUAUCCCGGCCACCUUCACAAACUCGAUGCUCUCCUACCACCAAUGCAAACUAUCAUUGCAAUACCGCACACGACUCACGAAUUACAUCCACAACAAAUACCUCUCGCACAUGACCUUCUACACACUCUCUGCUCUCGACGACCGAAUCAAAAAUGCCGACCAGCUCAUCACGGUAGAUGUAGCCAAGUUCGCGAACAGUCUUGCGGAACUAUACUCGAACCUAGCAAAGCCUGUGCUCGAUAUCAUAGUAUACAACUACUCGCUGUCACGGAGCGUAGGAGGAGAAGGUCUCUUCUUCAUGAGCUUGCUCGUCCAGCUAUCUGCGACCGUCAUGCGCGCGCUCACUCCACCCUUUGGCAAAUACGUCGCAGAUGAAGCGAGACUCGAGGGCGAGUUCAGAUUCCAGCACUCGCGGCUCAUCGACUCCAGCGAAGAAGUGGCACUGUAUCACGGCCAUGAGGCGGAGAAAGACACACUGGACAAGGGUUACUUCACGCUUAUCAAGCAUGUCAACAGGAUACUGAGAAGACGUCUAUACCACGGUGUCAUGGAGGACUUCGUGAUCAAGUACUUCUGGGGUGCGCUGGGGCUUCUGCUCUGCAGUGUGCCUGUGUUCUUCCAGGUUCCCGGACAGAACGCAAAGAACAUGGGCGACCGGACAGAAAGCUUCGUGACCAACCGUCGCAUGCUACUCAUGUCUUCUGAUGCCUUCGGCCGCGUCAUGUUCUCCUAUAAAGAGAUCACUGAGCUCGCCGGCUACACGUCGCGCGUGUCUACCCUGCUGGACGUCAUCGACGACAUCCAGGCUGGCCAUUUCGAGAAGAAGCUCGUUUCAUCCGCCGAUACAGAAGAGAAUGCUGCCGUACUACGCGGCCGCGGCACGAUCACAGAAGGCGAAGACAUCAAGUUCGUCGACGUGCCCAUCGUGUCACCCAACGGCGACGUACUGGUGCGCAAGCUGUCAUUCACCGUAAAGCCAGGCGAUCAUCUUCUCAUCGUCGGUCCAAAUGGCUGCGGAAAGUCGAGUUUGUUCCGCAUCCUGGGCGGUUUGUGGCCUGUCUACGGUGGCACAGUACGCAAGCCACCUUUCGAAGACAUAUUCUACAUCCCUCAACGCCCAUACCUUUCUCGGGGAACAUUGCGUCAACAGAUCAUUUACCCUGACAACUUGCGCGAGAUGCGCGAUAAGGGCAUUACAGAUGAUGACCUAUACAGCAUCCUCGGUGUAGUCGAAAUCGAAUCCGUAGUCGACCGUCCAGGUGGUUGGGACGCUGAGCAGGAGUGGACAGAUGUGCUAUCCGGCGGCUUACAGCAGCGAGUCGCUAUGGCACGAUUGUUCUAUCACCGACCUCGGUACGCGAUCCUGGAUGAGUGUACAAGCUCUGUAACGCUGGAGAUCGAGAGGGUGAUGUACGAUGAGGCGAAGAGGCUAGGUAUCACACUCAUGACCGUCUCGCACAGGAGGAGUCUGUGGAAGUACCAUGAGAAGAUCUUGCAGUUCGAUGGGCAAGGAAGGUAUGUGUUCACAAAGCUGGACGCAGAGAGAAGGCUUGCGCUUGAAGACGAGAAGGAGGACAUUGAGCUGCAGCUGCGAGCUGUCCCGGACAUUGAGGAGAGGAUUGCGGAACUGGAAGCCUCAAUGUGACGACAGCGGUGAAGGGCCCGACGGAUAUGCAACCAGCCCAACCAGUACUUCUUAGCUUUCUGCUAGCUGUUCUUAUGGACAGCAUCAGAAUGGUAGAG